AUGGACGGGGAUAAGGAAAACAUCGCACUCGCGCCGCACACGGCAGAUGCCGCCGCCACAGCUCCGACCAAGCAAGGCGCCGCAGCCCCGCCCCGCCCAAAGGCUCCUCUCGCAGCCGGCACCGUCUCGUUCCCAUCAACCUCGAAGCCUGGAGAGCUCGACCAGGAUCAGGACACCGACGCCACCGCCCCGGAAGGUCAGCCCAGACGCUCCGCCCUCUUCUACCCCUCGUCGGCCCUCGCGGCCAAGUCAAACCAAAAGCCCUUCUCUCGCAGCGCAGCAAAGAGGGACUCGGUCAUGGCCCUCGGCAGCAUCGGCUACCUCCAGCACCUCUACGCAAAGCAAGGGAUAGCGAGCAAGACCCGGCCCCUCACAAAAGGACCGAUGACUCUGGCCAUCGGCCUGGCCGGCGAGACGAUGCUGGCUUCCACCCCAGAGUCGCCGUCAGAGAGCCCGACCCUGUCAAAGGCCAGCCUACGCAGAGGAGCCAGCGAUGGUCAAGGUCUCGCAGAGGAUGGCCUCGUCCUCGUGACAAGCCCGGAUGACCAGCCCAUCGAGCUUCCACCGAGCCCAAAGGCGCCAACCAGCACCCGCCUCCCAUAUCCGGUGGUGCCCAAGCCGGUCGAGGCGGACCCCGAGGCGCUAUGGCCGAUGCUGUUGCAGGACCUUGACACGACCUGUCAGCUGUGGGGCCUCUUGAACCUCGUCAAGAGGGACAAAGCAUCGCCUUCCGGUGGUCGCCGAUUGUCGAUAGAGCCAGACUCUCGUCGGCCUUCGUCCCGCUCAUCCAUGUACAGCACAGACGGACUCGACGACGCAGCCCUCGAAACGCAGCCGAUUGACCUGCUCGAGCUCAUCAACGCGACUACCAAGACGAUCCGGUCGGUGCGCAGCUACCUCCUGGCGCUACCGCCAGCCUCGCUUAGCGGCAAGCGCAUCUCCGAGAACGCGCCUGGAUCCAAGCCCAAAGAUCAGUUCAAGCGGCAGAGCAGCUUCGGCAGCCUCUCGAGGCGGAGCAGCCUCUCGCCUCUCCCGCUCGAAAAGACCUAUGGUAGCCUGUCGAGGCGGGUAUCGUCGCCUCAGGGCGGCAGUCCGGGCUCGACGCGGGCUAUGCCGAGCGCAUGGCAGGCUCCAGGCUCUGCCUCCUCGCCAUCGACAUCUCCGGCCGACUCGACCGACGUGGCAGAAGAUCCACUGACGUUGGUCCGCAAAUCAGCGUUGGAUGUGCUCAGUACCUUGCGUGAGCUGGAAGAGAAGCAUCGUUUGCCGCCAGGCCACCCGGAUUAUGAAAAGGCCGAAGCCGAGACGGCCUCACUUGGCGAAGAGUCGGCCCUUGGGAUCAACCUGGGCUCCAAAGACAACAGGAUGCCGCCAGCGCCCGGCCUCCGAAGCCUUACAUCGCUGGCCAACCCGAGCAGCUUGGACCUCGGCCUGAAUGGCUCACCGGACAAGGGUAGUGGAGAAGGCUACCUGUACCAAACUGACCUCAAGCUGAGCGACCUUGGAAAGGAGAGGGAGUUCGUCAACAGCUACCUCACCACCGUCGACCGCGUCCUUUCCGUCGUGCAGAAGCUCAAGCCGACCAAACGGCCGAGCGCAAGGCUCGCGCUCAAUGCCGAGGCGGAGCCAAGCCCUGAACCGAGCGGAGCCAAUGCAGCGCCCGGCAUCACGGUCGAUGCGGCACGAGUGGGCAAUGACGCGACGGACGCCGCGCACGAUGUUCCGGCUUGGGCGCGCAAGGGAGAGUUUCAAGGUGGCGAGAUUGACGGUUUCGAGCUGCUGCAGGUCUCGACCGAAGUGACCCAGAGCGACAAUGUACUCGACAUCAGCAAGGAUCAGCUGCUCGAUGCCCUCGUCGACGGAUCGAUGCUGUGCCACGCGUACAAUGCGGCUCUGCGUCAGUCCAGCCGGCCCUGGGGCUUCAUCCAGCCCAAGGAGAUCCACGACCUCAAGGCGGCCGAGGCCGACGCUCUGGAGAAGCAGAAGAUGCUCUUGAAGAAGGCCGAGGCGGAGCCGGAAGCGUUCCAGGUCAAGGACAAGAGCGGCAAGGACCGAAGGGGCGCCUCAGAUGCUAGCUUCGCCGACCGGACCGAGACGGAUCAGAAAUCCGCUGCUGCGUCGCCCGAGGGCCUCAAGAAGCGGCCCGGGUGGACGUUCCGCAAGGCCGAGAACCUGCGCGUGUGGGCGGCGGCUCUGCGGCUACGCUACCACAUACAGACGACGUCGAUGAGCAGCCUCGAAUCGCUCAAUCAGCCCGUGCUCCCGGGACUGCAGCCUCCGGUCAAGCUGGGCCUGCACCCGCGCAGAGUCUACUCGGAAGCAGCAGCGUCGUCGUCGUCUCUCUCGCUCGCCUCGACCGACAGCGGCAGAGAGUCGGCACGGCCCAGCGUUGCCGGCUCGCGAGCGGGCCACGUCAAUCAAGGCGCCAUCGAGUUCGACCCCAAGCGGGUGGCGAGGAAGGAAGAGGGAUGGGAGCAGAUGCUCUACAACCUCGUCGUCCGCUGGGUGCAUGCGGUUGCGAGCGAGGAGAGGGGAGAAGAUGCCCGUUGA